AUGCCCCACCUCAAGACCUACUGCCGCCACGUGGGAGGCGACGUCGCGUGGCUGUGCCUGGGCAGCCACAACGUCAGCAAGGCUGCCUGGGGCGAGCUGCUGCGAGACGGCCGGCUGUACGUGAAAAGCUUCGAGCUGUCGGUGCUGCUGCUCCCCUCACGAGAGCUCGCCUACCAGCGCAGCCGCCGCCGCGGCUUCAGCUGCACCAGCGGGCAGCCGGCCGCGGGGCCGCUGCCAGGCGUGGACCGCUCCACGGCUGUGCGCUUCACGGCCUGGCAACGCGGCAGCCCGCAGGCGCCGAGCCUGCAGCCCGCGGGCGGCGGCGGCGGCGGCGGCGCCACACUAGUGGUCCCGCUGCCGCUGCCGUACCUGCUGCCGCUGCAGCCCGGCGGCGAGGUCGAGGUGUUUUGGAUGAAGCCCCAGGACAAGUGGCGCAAGGACUCGGAAGGAGCGGCGCAGCUGGAGGUGCGGCGGUGGCGGAUCGCCGCCACCGACCGCCGCCUGGGCCUGGACUGCCACGGCCUGCCCUACAGUGCGCACAUGCUGACAGGGGAGGAGAUCGGGGCUGAUGAGCUGGUGGAGGGGCGGGACUGGCAGCAGGAUGUGGUGGCCAGGGUGAAGCGAGCUUGGGAGGCACGGCACGCGGCGGCGGCGUUGGGCCACAGGAGCACUGCAGCCUGA